AUGGCUUCCCCUUACAGCCAGGAGCUCAAGCCCGCUGAGCCCACACCUGCCCAUCCGGCCCAGUCCGAGGUCUUCGUCGAAGAGGUAGACGACUGCGAGUCCGAGGAUGAAAGCGAUGACUCCAUUCGCCAGUCCAACCCCGAUCUCGAAUCGGGCGGCACCACAGUUGCCAACACUCCUUACGCAGCCGGCUCCCAUGCCUCCAGCUCCACCGGCCUCUCUGACUCCAAGAAACACAACGAAAAGUCCGCUGUCCGGGUCCGCCAGCUCGUCCCUGAUAUCGACCCUCUUGUGUACCACGGUCUAGACGCCUCCCCCUUGCCGCCCAAGAAAGGCAACCGCCUCUAUCGGUACCUCCGAUGGAACUUUGGGUCUGUCUACCGCCGCAUUUUCUGCCUGGCCUUCUUGGGUAACGCCGCCGCGGUCUUGUGGUUCAUCAUCCGCUCGGGUAUCGAGAACCGCCCGAUUCUGAACUAUCAACAAGCUGCCACUGCCGUCACUGCGAACCUCUUGAUGGCCCUCGUCGUCCGCAACGAGCACGUCGUCAACGCCAUGUUCUGGGUCUUUGGUACCUGGGCCAAGGUGCUUCCUCUCUGGGCCCGUACCCUUUCUGCCAAGAUUUACUCUUAUGGCGGUCUUCACUCGGGCGGUGCCGUGGCUGCCACCUUCUGGUAUGUCAUCUACCUCGUUCUGCUCACCAUCGACUUCCGCUCCCACCAGGAAGGUCCCCUCGAUGCCAUCCGCGGAUACAUCUACCUCUUCAGCUACUCCAUCAUCGCCAUGCUCGUGGUCAUGCUCAUCUUUGCGCACCCCCGCAUCCGUGUGCUGAUGCACAACUCCUUUGAGAACACGCACCGCUUCAUGGGAUGGACUGUCAUCGGCCUGUUCUGGGCCCAAAUCAUGCUGGAGACCGCCGACUCCUCCAACAGAUCCUCUCCUCACCACUCCUUCGGUCAUUUCUUGGUCCGCAACGCCGCCUGGUGGAUGCUCCUCUUUACCACCCUCCUCAUCGCCUACCCCUGGUCGCGCAUGCGUCUCCGCAACGUCGAAGCCGAAGUCCUCUCGCCCCACUGCGUCAAGCUCAACUUCGAAUACCGCGAUGUCUACUUUGGCCAAGCCGUCCGCCUCACCGACGCCCCCCUCAAGGAAACCCACGCCUUUGGCGUCAUCCCCCACCCGCUCGCUCCCACCGCCGCCGAACUUGCCGACGAGAAGAGCGCCAUCGAUGGCCAACCUUUCCAGCGUCUCUCCCACGGCGGCGACAAGGGCUUCUCUGUCAUUGUCUCGCACGCCGGCGACUGGACUCGCAAGAUCAUUGACCGCCCUCCCAAGCAAAUCUACACUCGCGGCACUCCUCAAUUCGGUGUCAUGCGCUGCGCUGGUCUCUUCUCCCCUGUCAUCGUCAUUGGUACCGGAUCCGGCAUCGCCCCGUGCUUGUCUCUUUUCACGCAACGUCCCGAUCAUCCGGUGCGCAUCAUUUGGUCGACGCCCAACCCGCUGCAGACGUUCGGGCGCUCGCUGCUGGAUCUGAUCUACAAGACGGACCCCGCGGCCGUGGUGAUUGAUACUCGCAAGACGGGCAGGCCCGAUUUGGUCAAGGUAGCGUAUCGCAUGUGGGAGCAGAGUAGGAACGGUAUCUUUCCUGAGGAGCUGGUGAGGCCCGAGGCGAGAAAGCCGUGUGAGGCGGUGGUGAUCAUUUCGAACCAGAAGGUUACGGAGAAGGUGGUGUACGGGUUGGAGAGUCGGGGGGUGCCUGCUUAUGGCGCUUUGUUUGACUCUUGA